AUGUCUGGUCUCUCUGUCAAGCUCAAGACUCCCCACACGGGUGAGUACGAGCAACCUACUGGCCUCUUCAUCAACAACGAGUGGGUCAAGGGUGUCGACGGCAAGACCUUUGAGGUUAUCAACCCCGCCACCGAGGAGGUCAUCACCUCGGUCCACGAGGCCACCGAGAAGGAUGUCGACAUCGCCGUCCAGGCCGCACGAAAGGCCUUCAACGGUCCCUGGAGGACUGAGACCCCAGAGAACCGCGGCAAGCUCCUCGUCAACCUUGCCAACCUCUUCGAGAAGAACGUCGACAUCCUCGCCGCCGUCGAGUCGCUCGACAAUGGCAAGGCCAUCACCAUGGCCAAGGGUGACGUCGGAGCUGCUGUUGGCUGCUUGAGGUACUAUGGUGGAUGGGCAGACAAGAUCGAGGGCAAGGUCGUUGACACCAAUCACGAGACCUUCAACUACAUCCGCAAGGAGCCCAUCGGUGUUUGCGGACAGAUCAUCCCAUGGAACUUCCCCCUUCUCAUGUGGGCGUGGAAGAUUGGCCCUGCCAUCGCCGCCGGUAACGUCGUCGUCCUCAAGACUGCCGAGCAGACUCCUCUCUCCGCUUUGGUCGCCGCCAACCUUGUUAAGGAGGCCGGUUUCCCCCCAGGUGUUGUCAACAUCAUCUCUGGUUUCGGAAAGGUCGCCGGUGCUGCCAUCUCCUCCCACAUGGACAUUGACAAGGUUGCAUUCACUGGAUCCACUGUCGUCGGUCGCCAGAUCAUGAAGGCUGCUGCUGGCUCCAACUUGAAGAAGGUCACUCUCGAGCUCGGCGGAAAGAGCCCCAACAUUGUCUUCGACGACGCCGACAUUGAGAACGCCAUCUCGUGGGUCAACUUCGGUAUCUACUUCAACCACGGUCAGUGCUGCUGCGCCGGUUCGCGUGUGUACGUACAGGAGGGCAUCUACGACAAGUUCCUCCAGCGAUUCAAGGAGCGUGCACAGCAGAACGCUGUCGGUGACCCAUUCCACCCCGAGACCUUCCAGGGUCCUCAAGUCUCUCAGCUCCAGUUCGACAGGAUCAUGAGCUACAUCGAGCACGGCAAGUCUGCUGGUGCCACGGUUGAGACCGGUGGUAAGCGCAAGGGUGACAAGGGCUACUUCAUUGAGCCGACCAUCUUCAGCAACGUCACCGAGGACAUGAAGAUCGUCCAGGAGGAGAUCUUCGGCCCCGUCUGCUCAGUCUCCAAGUUCAAGACCAAGGAUGAGGUCAUCGCUCUUGGCAAUAACUCGACCUAUGGUCUUGCUGCUGCCGUCCACACCACCAACCUCAACACCGCUCUCGAGGUCGCCAACAGCAUCCGCGCCGGAACAGUCUGGGUAAACAGCUAUAACACUCUUCAUUGGCAGCUUCCGUUCGGUGGCUUCAAGGAAUCUGGGAUUGGCCGUGAGCUCGGUGAGGCUGCAAUUGAGAACUAUAUCCAAACCAAGACUGUUUCCAUCCGUCUGGGCGACGCACUCUUCGGUUAG